AUGUCUUCAAUGGAUCUAUACAACCGCCUCAAUGAGAUGUACAAACAUUGUGAUGGAGAAAAUGGAAAAAAUUUCAUUUCCCUGGAAGAUUUAGAUGGUCUUAUCACUGAGCAGAGAGUGGAAGCACACCUCCGCUCCAAUAAUCGCCUCCAUCGCAGAUUUCGAGAGAUUAUUCCCAUCCGACCCAGGUUGUUCGCCAUCCUGGUUCUACUCGAACGUGAGGAGAACUUGAAUGCGAUCCUCGAACACAUUCCAGAUGAUAGCUUUGUCUACAGCAAUGAAGAGGAUGUGCCACAGGAGAUUGGGAAUCGCGACCAACGAGCGGAUUUCUUUGACCGACAAUCCCAUUUCCCUCCUCCACUAACGCGCGACUUUCCCCCUCGCAUAUUUCCGGCCACAUUUCGGCCUCCUUUGGUGGAUCGGGCUGAUGAGAUUCGACAUGGGGCUUACGGCAUCGUCCGUCGAGUAAAAGUAGCCAAAGGACAUUUACCUGAACAUCACCCGGUGAGACUGCGGCCCCGAAACAGAAUAGGACUCUGGUUGACGGUAGAACAGGACGGAAAUGAGUAUUUAGCGUGGAAGAGCAUUGAAACAAGUAUUUCAGAGACCACGAACGAAACUCGAGAAGAAGUCAAGACAUCGAAGAAUCGUCAACAUGAGCACAUCGUACCUUUGGUGGCUUGCUACGAGACACUGGCUCGAGACACACGGAGUCAGACUCUCCAUAUCCUCUUCCCUUGGGCAGACCAGAACAUGGCCGAAUGGAUUCGUCGUCCAAUUAAUCUAGGACUUCCAGACGAGCCACUGCACCGGAAGGAAUACUUGUAUGACAGUAUACUGUCAAUUCUCUCUGCACUUGCGUACCUCCACAGUGUCAUCGAUCAUACCUUCGCUUCUCAUCACGACCUCAAGCCUGAGAACAUACUGUUGUUCGGCAAGGUAUGGAAGAUCUGCGACUUUGGCAAGUCACAUAUUAGAACCCUUGAAGAGGGGUCCGAGACGAGCACUAAACACCUCGGGACUCUCAGAUACCAGCCACCGGAGUAUGAUAAUCCGAAUAUCAAGCAUGGGCGGGCUUUUGAUAUCUGGUCAACGGGCUGCAUCAUAGUAGAGCUUGCAUUUCUCAUCGUCUAUGGGUGGGAGACUCAAGAAUGGGAGAAAUUUACAAUGGAGAUAGAGAACGAAAGUCGGCCGGUUAGAGACGAUCGGAGAAGAGAUAAGUCGUUUCGUAGCAAUAUGCCAGUGGUAACAAAAUGGAUGGAGAAACUAACGCGCGAAGAUGGAAGCCGCAAUUUCACAUACCUGAUGAAGAUAACAUCGGCAAUGCUGUCUCAAGAACGAGAGGCUCGACCGUAUUCUUGGGAAGUUGAGAUAUAUCUGCACGAGGCAUUUUACUCCAGUGAGAAAGGUAGCGAUCGCCGAGCCAGAAUUGAGAAACUUGUCCAACCACCACCGGAAAACUUCCAUGGACAUAAUCCACUAGCGAGGGCGAUUUACGAGAACAAUUCGGACCUGAAGGAUUGCUUGCAGAAAAAUGGCUGGAGACUUGAGCUAUCCAAUGAGGCAGAUCCGUUUGAUGCUGAUUCAAUGAGUGGGGCUGCAGAUGUCGUGAGCCUGCUCGAAGACUUCAGGCCGUCCUCCAGCCAGAUAACUCAGACGUUUCUUCACGAACUGGGCAAGGUGGAGGACGAAGGAGAAAAACAUCGCCGUAAGGUUCUGGCUCAAGAAUUUGCCAAAAGGUUACCUCCAGCUCAACUUACCUUUUUUGAAAUCAGGGACGUUCUAAAGCGGAAGUAUCCUGUGGACCUAAUGAGGAUACUGGCAGGUGAAGUGGAAGUGAAUCAUAUGGACGGUGAUAGAAACACCGCCCCGACCUCGGCCGCCCGGGUGUGUGAUGUAGUAGCAGUCGAUGUUCUGCUCCGAUGUGAAGCCGAAGUCGAUCCAGUGAACGCCAUGUCUGAAACGCCUCUCCUGUUAGCCUCAAAAUUAGGCCAUACUCCUGUGGUUCGAAGACUGUUGCAGGAGCAAUUAGAUAUCAAUUUCAGAGAUCACCAUAAGCGAACCUCAUUGUUCUAUGCGGCACAGAGGGAUCGUUACGAAGUUGUCCGCCUUUUGCUAGACAAAGGAGCUGACCCUGAUGUCAGUAACAAACAAGGCAGAACCCCUUUGUCAAUAGCCGCUGGAUUUGGUCACGCUUCUGUGGUUGAAAGACCGUUGCAGGAGGACUUAGACAUCAAUUCCAGAGAUGAUCAUAAGUCAACCCUAUUGUCCUAUGCGGCACUGAUUGGACAUUACGAAAUUGUCCGCCUUUUGCUAGACCAAGGAGCUGACCCUAAUCUCAGUGACAAAUAUGGCGGAACCCCUUUGUUGUUAGCCGCUAGAUGGGGAAAGAAAGAAGUCUUCGAGUUACUCCUAGAAUGCCCGGAUAUUGGCAAAUCACUGAUCAUAGAUCGAUUCGGGAUGUCGCCUCUAACGUAUGCUGUGGCCGAGGUAAAGCAUCGACAGUGGAAAGGAGAGUCAAAGGAUAGUCUUAACGACUAUAAUCCCAUCAUUAGGAAACUCGAGAAGCUGCGAGACUCGACUGAUGAGAAGAAAGUCGAGGAAAGGUUCCAGCAGAGGAACACGGAAGAUCCUCGAUAG